AUGUUCAACUGCAGAAGCCUCCUGAAGGUCCUAAGGCUCCUGAAACUGCUCCUCUUUCAACUUUUUGAGAAGUUGAUCUUGUUAAUAAGACCUCGGCGCAAAAAGUCCUUCAUAGGGGAAGUUGUGCUUAUUACUGGCUCUGCAAAUGGGAUUGGCAGGCAGAUUGUCUUAAAAUUCGCUCCAAUGGCAGCAACCUUGGUUCUCUGGGACAUUGAUGAUGAAGGCAACGAAGAAACAAGCAAAUUAGCCCAACAGCUUGGAGCUAGAAGAGUGUUUACCUACCACUGCGACUGCAGCAGCAAGGAGGAGGUCUAUAAACAGGCAGACAAGGUUAGAGAAGAGAUUGGGGAUGUCACUAUUCUAAUCAAUAAUGCUGGCAUAGCAGUUGGGAAGAAGUUCCUUGAGCUUUCAGAUGAAGAAUUUGAAAAGACUAUAAGAGUCAACUUCCUCUCUCAAGUCUGGACUUGCAAGACCUUUCUUCCAGCCAUGAUGGCCCAAAACCAUGGGCACCUGGUCACCACAGACAGUGCAGCACUGAUGGGAGUCUACAGAUUUUCAGAUUAUUCUGCCAGUAAAUAUGCAACCCUGGGGAUGAUGGAGGCCAUAAACUGGGAAGUGUCUCGUGCAGGAAAAGAUGGCAUCAAAACCACGAUUGUUUGCCCCUAUUUUGUAAAUACAGCACUAGCUAGAGGUUUUGAAAGCAAGUGCCCUCUUCUCCUUCCUGUUUAUGAACCAGAGCACGUGGCUGGCACGAUCAUGGAUGCCAUCCAGAAGGACAAGUUUUAUGUAAUGCUGCCUCCAACUCUACACAUUGCAGGUUUCAAAAUGUUACUUCCCAGAAAAAUAAUACUGUUCCUGCUGUCCUGUCUGAAGAUAGCUGAGAGCAUGGACAGAGCCUAUGGUCGGAAGAAAAAAGAUGGAACCAAAAAAAUCUGA